UCAUCAAGAUGAGGCCAUGAACUCAGUUACUAGUCAUAGGAACAUGACGUGGAGCUGUGUGCUGGCACUCAUAGCAGUAAUAUAUAAUAGCACCUUUGAUAUGAGGUGUACACAUGUUGUUGAGGAGUAAAGGCCGCAGGUUGGCUGUACGUGCAAAAAAGCCCAACGUGGCGGUGUGUCAGACGGGAACAUCCCACCAACGACUCUCCAUAUCCCGGCAUUUCGGCCGCAUUACGGAGCCUGCGAGCACCGAAGCUCCGCCUCAGCGCUCGGUCGGAGCCACCCGCCGCCCCUCAUCGCUUCCCGCCCCGCUGCUCCAUUGGUGCCCGUGGCGGUGACGCGGUCGCUGCGCCGUCGCAGCCGGUUCCCGGUGCCUUUGGCGGAGGCGAUGCCGAAGCGCUCGUGUCCCUUCGGGGACGCGGCCCCGCUGCAGCUGAAGACCCGCGUGGGGCUGAAGGAGCUGAGCCGCGGGGUGCGGGGCGACGAGUAUCGCCGGGAGAUCUACGAGCGCACCCGGCGGCUGCUGUUCAGGGCCGCUCAGAGCUGCACGGAGCCCGCCUGGCCCGCAGCGCCACGAGCCGCCAGCCGCUCCACGGAGCCGGAGUCGGGAGGGGGAAGCGUGGGACGGAGCCGGAGCGAGCAGCUGAGGAUCGGGCCCAACGGGAAACUGCUGCGAUGCACGGCCAACACGGAGAGCGUUCCUCCGGUGGGAGUUUCCAAAGCUUGCUCCUCAUGUGUAAGAGCUGCUGAUGUGAAGGAAGCGUGUGCACAGUGCGACCGGUUCGUGUGCCAGAGCUGCAGCAGGGUGUGCAGCUGCUGUAAUGCCGUGACCUGCUCCCUGUGCUCCAUCACUGACUACGCUGAUGUUGGUGAGCAAAUUCUCUGCAAUGGCUGUUCAAUAUUUCAAGUCUGAAAGCAGAUGAAAUAGCCUUUAGUGCUAAACUGCCUGUAAAUUCCAUGAAGGCUCCUCCUUACAGCUGGCCAGUUAAUGCCUUUAACCCCUGAACCAAUGAUGGGAUUUCUAUGUUUUAUAUCUUUAUAUUGUACUUUUUAAUAUUGUAGUUAAAUAAACUUUUAUAUUUUGAGGAUUUCU